ACCAGAACAGUUAAAAGUAUGAAAAAACACAUUGCGUAUUUGUCUGUUUCCAUGGUGAUGUGAUAGGAGGGUAUUCCUUCUGGUGAGUUGAAAUAUUCGAACCCGUACACAGGAAUUGUAGUUAGGCCCAUUCGGUGGAUAGAGAUGGAGUACCCUGAACAGCAGCGUAUUGACGAGUGUUGGGACAGGCUUAUAAGUGAUGUCUAUAUACCAUCCCUACUUCCAUUAUUGUUCCGACAUGGUGUAUUUCACCAUUACAAUUGUAAUCUGAAUUACUGGAUGAACGAUUUAUACAGUGAGAAAACGGCUCAAGAGGUAUUUUCAACAAUUAAAAAAUGUGGGCCCCAUGCCUUUGCCGGACUGGUCUUGUGUUUGGCACAUCUGGGCCAUUAUGACAUCAUCCAUUCAAUGGAGCAUGGGUCAUUGCCCUCAACAACUGAACAAAAACGAGGGUUUUGGAAGAAAAUAGCAGGUGCUUUGAGGAAUAGUUUAAGAAAGAGAGACGGUUUUGAGGCGGUUCCAAAUGAAAUAAAUUGA